CAUUUGAUGUGGUAGGACGGAGUAAUUAUGACUAUUCAAAUACUUCAAAAAGAGUAUCGAUAUCAAUACUUGGCAGCAUUUAUUGUUCAAUUAACUGCAUUCAUCUUCGGAAUUGUCAUCGGUUUCACCGGUCCAAACUUAGAACUCUUUAAAUCCGAACACUCUCCACUGAAAAAUGGAAGGAUAACCGAAGAAGAAGAAUCAUGGAUCAGCUCACUCUCAGCUUUUGGUGCAAUAGGAUUCGUUUUAAUUUUUGGAUGGAUAUCCGAAAGAUUUGGACGAAAAGUUGCAAUUCUACUCAUUGGCAUUCCUCAAACAUUGAGUUGGGUAUUUAUGGUCCUAGCAGAUGAUGUCUUACUGAUAUAUAUAUCACGUUUAUUGUCUGGAGUUGCUGGUGCGGGAUGCUUCUUUGUCGUACCAGUUUAUGUUGCUGAAAUAUCUGACAAGCGAAUUCGCGGUACAUUGUGUGCAUCAUUUUCAGUCAUUUGCAACAUUGGAAUUUUUCUCGAAUUUAUUAUCGCUGAAUAUACACAUUUUGCAACUGCUGCAAUAUUCGUCUGCUUGGUGUCUGUUGCUUUUGUCGUUGGAUUUUUGUUCAUGCCUGAAUCGCCGCAAUAUUUGAUAUCAAAAAGAAAAUAUGAUGCAGCUGAAAUUGCUUUUAAGUUUUUGAGGGGACAAAAGCCUACAGAACAGCUUGUAGCUAAUCACUUGGAUGACUUUAAUUCACUAAGGCAAAUCUCAAAAGAUGAUAAGAGUGAAUCACAACUGAAGAUAUUUAGGCAGCACAUUUCACAGCCAGGAACAAUGAAAGGAAUUUUAAUAGCUGUCGUUGUUGCACAAUUUCCUGUGAUGUCAGGAUGUUUUGUGCUGAUUACAUUCAAUCAAGGAAUAUUUAAAGCUGCAGAUGCUUCACUUUUGAGUGUCUUCUGGUCAUCCCUUGCAUUUGCAUUUAUUCAAAUUAUCGCAGCAAUUUGCACAGCUAAAUAUGUCGACAAGGUUGGCAGACGAAAGAUCUUAAUCGGUUCCUCAUUUUCAACUGCUUUUUGCUUGGCAAUUUUUGGCGCUUAUAUGUUUCUUAAAACCAGAACUUCUGUUGACUUAACUAGUGUUUCAUGGAUUGCUCUAGUGAGCUUAUUAGUGCAAGUCUUUGUGUCAUCAAUUGGCAUCAUUCCAGUUCCUAAUUUCUAUGCACCUGAAAUUUUAGAUCAAAAGGUUCGAGGCCUUGUCAUCUCAGUAUGUUCAUGGUGGUCGUGGAUUGAAGGUUUUCUCGUAAUAAAGUUCUAUCCAUCAAUUGCAGAAUCAUUUGGUAUAGAUUCAGUCAUGUUUUUUUUUGCCUUGACUUGUUGCUUCUGUGGAUUAUUCACCGUUUUCUUCUUACCUGAAACAAAGGGACGGAACAUAGAAGAUAUUGUUAAAUCUAUUGGAAAGUCAGAUGACGAUAACAAUAAUAAUGAUUCUGACAAGGCUGUUCAAGUCAGUUGAUUCUUUGUCAUGCAGGUUGUGAAGUUUUUGAUUCUUUUUGUAAUUUAUCAAAAACGGAUAGUAUAGUACCCGUAUAUAUUGCAUGCCAUAUUUGUGGGAAAAAAUGUUAAUACUGGGUGAUAUGGAAGUAAGUUUAGGAAAAAGCAUUAGGUAAGAUUUUUUGAAAUGCAACUCUUCCCUAUAUAUUCUUGGUUCCUAAAAAAUUCAUUCCAUUUUAUUAUUGAUUAUUUCGUGUCUAUAUGUAUUUAUGAUUAAUGUACCUCCAAAAAAAG